AUGGGCUGGUUCCUCAUCCCAUUUGAUAACCUGCUGUGUAUGGUCCUUGGCAUAUCCUUCACUGUGGGAUUCAGCUCGCUGCUAGUCAUAGUCGUGCCGGCCGUCCUUGGAGUGUCCAUUGGGAUCCGCAGACUGUACAUGAAGAGCCUUCUCAAGGUCUUUGAGUGGGCUACUGUGCGGAUGGAGAGAGGUGCAAAGGAGAAGAAUCAACAUCUUUAUAAACCCUAUAGUAAUGGCAUCAUAGCUAAAGAGCUGUCCUCUCUGGAGCAGGAGAUCCAGGAGCUCCGUGCCAGCGGCACCACUCUGAGCUCUGAGCCUGAGUUUGAGAUGGCGGACAUCAUGUAUUUCUGCCGGCGGGGGGUGGAGAGCAUCGUGGAUGACGAGGUGACCAAGCGCUUUUCUGCUCAGGAGCUGGAGUCCUGGAACCUGCUGACCCGCAGCAACUUCAACGCUCGCCACAUCAGCCUGCGACUCAGCGUGCUCUGGGGACUGGGUCUCUUCAUCCGCUAUGGCUUCCUGCUGCCACUCAGGGUUACUCUGGCAGCCUCUGGUAUUGGUCUGCUUGUGGUCUUGACUACCAUAGUGGGCUUCAUACCAAGCGGCUGGUUAAGGACGUACCUCAGUGAGAAGAUUCAUCUGAUGUCUUAUCGCAUCUGUGUCCGAUCCCUCACUGCCAUCAUCACCUACCACAACAGUGAGAACAAACCAAAGAAUGGAGGCAUCUGUGUGGCGAAUCACACAACUCCCAUUGACGUCAUCAUCCUGGCCAAUGAUGGCUGCUAUUCUAUGGUUGGCCAGAUCCAUGGUGGUUUGAUCGGGGUAGUCCAGAGAGCCAUGGUGAAAUCCAGCCCCCACAUCUGGUUUGAGAGAUCUGAAGUCAAAGACCGCCACCUUGUGGCCGAAAGGCUUAGCAAUCAUGUAGCAGACAAAACUAAACACCCCAUCCUCAUCUUCCCAGAGGGCACCUGCAUCAACAAUACCUCAGUGAUGAUGUUCAAAAAGGGCAGCUUUGAGAUAGGCUGUACUUUCUACCCUGUGGCCAUUAAGUAUGACCCUAGGUUUGGUGAUGCGUUCUGGAACAGCAGUAAGUUUGGGAUGGUCAACUACCUGCUGAGGAUGAUGAGCAGUUGGGCCAUCGUCUGCAGUGUCUGGUACCUUCCACCUAUGAGCAGAGAGGAGGGAGAGGAUGCGGUGCAGUUUGCCAACAGAGUAAAAGCAGCCAUCGCCACGCAGGGAGGACUGGUGGACCUGCUCUGGGAUGGAGGGCUGAAACGAGGGAAGGUGAAAAAUACGUUCAAAGAGGAGCAGCAGAAGCUGUACAGCAAGGUGCUGGUUGGAGACCAGGAGGACCAAGGUGAAGACAGACCACAGGAAGAUGAAGAAGAAGAAGAGGGGGACCAAAAUGAAGACAGACCACUUGAAGAUUACACACCCAGACCACUGGAAGACUGCUCUCUGAGACUACAAGAAGAAGAGGAGGAGAGAGGCUCAGAGACACCAAUGAAGGAUCAAUGAGGGUGGGGGUUCCAUUCCUACCAGGUUAUUAAGUGUCAGCGGAGCCCCACUCACUGUCUUGGUGAGGCACUAGACCAGAGGAUUUAUUGGAUUGGAAGCCUUAAAGUAAUUUCAAUAACAAUGAACUACUCAGAGAACAUUUCAAUAACAAUGAACUACUCAGAGACCAUUUCAAUAACAACGAACGAGUCAGAGAACAUUUCAAUAACAAUGAACUACUCAGAGACCAUUUCAAUAACAAUGAACUACUCAGAGAACAUUUCAAUAACAAUGAACUACUCAGAGACCAUGUAGUGCAACUGAAACACUCAUU